AUGCUCUCAGAUAGGCUGGUGGAGGCAAGACAAAUGUCUUCAAGAAAGCGCGAAGAGAAUAGGAGUGUCUUCAUGAGCUGGCUGUGCUCAAAAGACUUCUAUUCCGAAGACCGUCAGGGCAGUCCUGCAAAUAGGGAAGAAUUCGUCAAUAACUUGAUUGACUUUCGCCAUUCGGUUCGUAUCACGAAACGUCUUCUCGCUGAGGAGAAUAAGGACCAUUCUUUUUGUUUAGACUUUGAAGAAAUAAAAGGAGGAAAAAAUCAAAUUAAUCUUGUUGAAUGCCGCAAUGGCAAAUUAACUCGGGUGUAUGCAUUCAGGGACAGUGAGGACUUGACACUCGAGAAGUUGUCUUUUGAUGAAUUAAAGAAAACGCGAAUUUACCAACGGGCAUUCAAAUACUUCACAAGGAAAGGGGUACCGGAGGAUGCAAAGCUAGUCUAUCAUGACUACCUCAACGACCCCGAGAUCCGUGUGGGCUAA